AUGCACAACGGAAGGCAAAGCAACUAUUUCAAACGGUACAGCAGACGAGGUAGGCUUGCGUGACAGUUCAAUUUGGUAUUCAAUCGAAAAAAUGUUAUGGCAUAAAUUCAUGUUCUUAGAAGGAUAUUUUUCAGAGAAAACAACGAAGAUUUACGAAACACUUAUGGGCUUCACAUAGUUUUACAACAUUUUCAGCCUUGUUAAAAAGUGAAAAUGCCGUCAGUGUUAGCUAAAUCUACCACGCACUUAAAUGGUCAGUAGCCUUUGGUAAUGACGUAAAUGGUUUUGCAUUUCAUAUAUUUGAAGGAUAGUAAAAAAAGGCUGCACAUGAACCAUAGAAUAUGGAAAUUUUGAAAUAUACAGUGCGGUUAAAGUAUUUUAGAGGAGCCACUUUCAUUGGAGACUAAUAGUAUUUCAUCGUUGUCAUACAUCACUGUCGGGGGAAAAAAAGCUGCACGAUUUUAGCUUCAUAAAGGCGGUUGUCGGAUGUCUUGCACGGAUUAAACCUACAUUUAGACCUGAGUUUUUUGUGAUGUGUCUCUGUUGCGCACUGCCAGAUGCGCAAUAUACGUGGAAUAUAUAAAAAUAUCUGUUACCUCAGCUUCUCGAAACUCACUAACACUAGUAACUUCUCGGUAGUCAGAUACUUAGAACAUGCACCGCUAUGAUUAUGCAAAACAUAAAAUGUACUCAGAACUUAUUUCUUCCCUAAAAGUCUCAUUAAGGCUAAACAAUAAUUUCGUUAGCAGUUUCCAAUGAUGCCGAAUGAAAUAUAAAGAAUUCAAUGUAACUAUUUGUUUUUACAUAAUGUUUGUAAAUCUCUCAUCGAGUGGAGUUGGGGAAUAUGUACCAAAAAUACUUAAGAUACCUUUGUAAGUAGGCGUCGCUCUUAUUUGUAAAAAAAAACAUUUUUGAUAAACCAUAAGACGCUGUCCUGAUGACUUGAAUACAUCAAACAAAGAAUGAACUUCCCAGUACUCUGAUCAUCAAAUAAACUCAAGGCAGAUUAAACAUAUGCCGGAAGCGCAGGCAAGUCAAAACCGACUUCCCUCCUCAAAAUAUUGGGGGAACAAAAGCAUAUUCUUUUCAAUCCUACAGCUAAAUAAUUCAAUGUAGUUUAACAAUCCAGGAGAAAUCCCUGAGACUUUUGAUGUUGGUCAAAAUAAAAAUAAUUAUACGCAGAGUCUGGUCAAUAGCCCUCAUAAGGCGGAAACAAACGUCAUGCUUGGGAACGGAAACAUCUGACGUAAACAUGGCUUUAAUGUAAAAGGACUGUAGAAAACUUCAAGACGGUAAAAUCAAUUAAUUUUACAUCGAUUCUAUCAAAUCUCUACACGAGAGCAUCUUAUUUUCCACCGUCCGAGAGUAGAAAACUAGUUUCAAAUCUAAUUUUGCUGCGCAGAGGUGGCUAAAAUUACUGUGACAAGUUUUUGCAUUAAUUAUAUACUUUUUCUGCCUGUUCAGCUUGGCUGUUGCUUAACCGACGGUCAAGUAACACUUUUUUAAAUUAUAUAUGCUUAGUUUUGCUUUUCUAUCGUAUUCCAAGGACUGUACAUCAACUGCAACUGGCCUUCAGCUAGGGCUGAGUCGUUUGUUUUCAAUGUAUCAGUGUCGUCUUGCUUCAAGAGAAGUUGAGAUUUUAUUCACCAGUCCUACUGAAAUGGGCUACAAAUACGUUAAAUGACGACCAAAAACCACUUGGCACUAAUGAAAGUAUCCAUUAGAUGGAAGAUAAAGAAAAGAUCGCUGGCAAACAAAAUAUUUGAAUCGUCUUAUAACAAAAGCCGAUGAAGUGCUGUUUGGUUAACAUUUAACUAAAAAGUUCUGAAAAUCGAUCAAGGUUUAAACUAAAAUACUGAACUGGCAUAGUCUGGGUUUCUGUCGCACGGCCGAAAACUUAUCGACCUGUUCAUUUGGAGUGGUCUGAAGGAGACUCCGCAUACAUUGCUACGGGAGGUUGAAAAUAGUAAUUGGCUGUCUGAUACUAAUCACUUUCAUAUUUUAACUAUAAAAUGAAUUACACCAGCUCCUCAAAUGAUGUGAUAUGCAAGUAUCGGAUUUUGGAAACAGCUAAGCCUGUUACACUUACUGGGAUGAUUUUUAACCGAUUCCCAGUAACCAGUUAUUCGUGCCUUUGGUCUGCCUAAGACCCCCUAUCCAACAACUAGUAUAUAUGGAGUCUUCAUGACCAAUCUAUUCAGUUCUUAAGACUGUUUCAGUCCUCUAAAGGCCCUCAAUUUGACUGGGCAGCCAAUUAAGUCCUUAAAACAAAAAUGUCAAAAGAAUUAGGCAAAUAUUCGAAACAUUUAUUUUGCGGAAGGCAAAAAGUUAUUCGGUCUUAAGGUUCAAUUAUUGGUCUGUUGGUUUGUUUUGUCGAGCGCUUCAACAUCCAUGAUGGGCCCAAGUUUACCUCCUUCAAAAGAGGAUGAUUGUGUCAGAGGAGGAUUGGUGACAGUUCGAUCGUCGGGGGCGGCGCAGCACCAAUGACUUGAAUGUGAUCUAGUUUAGAGUGAAGCAGAGUUGCGAUGCGUCUAGCGCCCUCUCUCGCCCCUCACCCAUCAGGCUCAAAACGGCCGCAUACGGGUUCGGACGCAGUGGGUGACAAAAUUAAACAGCCAGACUCUUUCGAGACACAUGCGAUCUGACUUUCACACAGUGUACCAAGUUUGCAAAAAAAUUAUUUCGUAUCUACCGUUCGCGAGAGUGUCUUAGAGACCAUGCUAAGGCGCCAUUGAGCUUGGCUCCCACCCCCCCAAUCAGUCAUCCCAUAUACACAAGCAGUAUUGACUAGGAGGACCGAGGUAUCCAGUCAGCUUUCAACCUUCCAAGCCACCAAUCCUAGAGUGUAAGGUUUAUUUUAGUGAGGAGUGUUCUGAUGCGCCCUGAGAGCGAGAUCCCACUGUCGACCACACUCUCUCUUCCUUCUCCCAUGCGCCAGUCCAUUGUCCGAGCCGCUCAUUCAUCUGGCGCUGGUGUUAGGCGCAGUGGCUGACGAAGCUGCAACAGCUCGUAUACCAUAUCAAUGAGCAUACUUUUCACUUGUUUGAAUAUUGCAUGUUCUUUCCGUGUGUUGAGUGCUGUGGGGGGGGGGGCUUUUGUUUGUUACACGGUUGGGUGAGAUAAGCUGUAGCUGUGGGGUUCCGCGGUGUCCUACGGCGGGUUUUCAUGGAAGUGCAUAUGACCGAUUAGGCCCAUGCAAUAGCUGAAUGUCUUUGGGCAGUGUUGGCGGGUGAAGCGGAUGCCACGGAUGUGCGCUCUGGCUCCCGAAACUGAUACACUGGUCCCAGUGCGGUGGGUUCAUAUGUGUCCGACCACGACGAUGCGUGACGCAAAUUUGCGGGGCACUGACGGCAGGAUGGGGCUAUGGCUAUUGAGCUGACGAUGUGGCGAACAUAUAAAUGGUGGCCAGGUUGGUGGUUUUGCACACGUUAUCAGGUGCAGGAGGUAGGUUUCUCCUAAUGAAAUUGCAGUGAAUUCCACUGUUGUGGAUACACAUAUGACCAAUUAGAUCCAUGCGGUAUCUGAAUCUCCCGGAGCAUUGCAGGCAGAGGAACUAUGUGUGAUAGGUACAUGUCGGACUACAUGUUCGUCUUUCUCUGUACUGUGGAUUUACAACUGACAGAGCACGCCUCUGCGUGAUGAGGAAGUGAGAUUGCAGUUGGGAAAGGUUGGAACCGGGCCCACAUUUUGGGUUGUAGGGGCAGUGGUGGUGAUGUUUUGCGGAUCGGUAGGAGUAUCCUCAUUUAUGUUGCUGGUGCUGGUGCCUUGUGGGAUAAGAGACGGGCUAUACUUGUUGACAUUAAAUUGAGACCACAGAUGUCCAACGAAGCCCAUCCGUACCCACAACGUCCGUUGACAGUGUGGACACGAUGGUAGGGGUUGGACGCUGGCGUCAGUAACCCGUAACACACGAAUCUUGCGGGCCUCUUGUUUUGAUUGGCAACGGCUAUUUGGGUAGCUUCGAAGAUGGCUCUGCCAGUAUCUACGUCAGUGCGUCAUCCUUUUGGAUUGUGGGCGAGAUCGUCUCGGGUCUCUGGAUUCACAUUCUUCAGGUCUUCGAGGUGUCCUUGUAGCGACACAUUUAUCCGCUGUGUUUGGAGCGCGAUAGAUAUGUCGCCAUUUGCUAGAUGCUUGGACGAGAACGCAUCUUUCAUCCUCACCACGCGGUUGAUUCAUCCUAAUUAUAGCUGCUUCAGCUUGGCUUGGAUGCGGGGGACGCCGGUUCUUUACAAGAUCUCAUCUUCUGGGAUCCUUUCUUGCCAAUUCACCUUCGGUAUUCUUCGGAGGCAACCAAAGUGCAAAUGGUUGAUUUUUCUUGUUUGGCCUUCAUUAACAGUCCACGCCCCCGCCCCGUACAAGAACGGCGUCAGAACAACAGCCCUGCACAUCCACAGUUUUGUCUUUGGUAAGAUCUUGUGACGGUCCCAGACGGUGUGCUUUAGCUGGCCGAAGUCCUGACUGACUUUGCAUAUCCGGCUAACAAUUUUGCCGUUGAUCUUGAUAUUUAUUGAACUCAUACUCCCAAAGUACACAGAUUUCUCCACUGAUGUGAAGUGAGGUCCACUUACAAUAAUAUGAGAUUCGGUAUAGUCAGCAUUUGCCGCCGGUUGAUGCAGAACCAUUGUCCCCUCCGAGAGCGAUGAGGUCCACACUCUGCUACCUGUCUUUUCCGUUGUCAUGUUUAGCGCGCAGCCAUCCGCGAACAAGAGGCCAUGGAUACUUUGAAAAUGCUUUCGAUCUACGGAUGCUGAACAAUUUUUGUCGUUUCCGUACUCGAUGCCGAUCUACGACCGCUCCUUGCGGUAACUGUUCAUUAGCAUAGCGGAGAACAUGAGACUGACUGGGGUGGGGAGUGUAGGCAGCCCUGAUUCACCACACUGGUGAAGCGACCCAUCAUCCCGUCGUGAACGUGCCUUACCAUUUGAGUUAACUGUUCAGGACAUCUGAAGUUCAGCAGGAUUUUCCAGAGUCCAUCGUGAUUCACUGUGACGAGGGCCAUCGUCAGAUCCACAAAGAUGGUGCAGAGGUUGGUCCUAAUUUCCUGGAACUUACCUGUAUUUGUCGAUCCGCGAAGCGCAUAUCUGCGGGUCCAUGGUGUUUUGGAAUCCUCACUGUACAUCUGGGACAAGUCCCUGUUCGAGAUUUGCUUUUAGGCGAUUAAGUAGAACGCAGAGGACAAUUUUUCUGCGACGCUAAGAAGGGAGAUGCCUCUUUGGUUAUCGCAUAGUUGCCGGUUCUCCUUGCGUUUGUAGAUGCGUACGAUGGUGGCACUCUUUAACUCUUGUGGGAUGUGUCUUUGUUGCUACACAUCAUGAAAAAGCGAGGUAAGCCUUUUCACGAUUCUGUGCCACCGUAUUUUUAGAUUUCGGCUGGCAUUGCGUCUGCUCCAGGUGCCUUUCCGCUGGGCAGCUGUUGCACUGCUUUUAGUUUGUAUGACAGAACAGCACUCUCCAAUCCAGUGUUUAUUUUUAUGGUAUCAGAAACCAUCGCUGAACCAAACUGAGCGGUUGCAUUAGAAUAUGUUUUCGGGUUUGCAGGAUACCAUUCUGUCAGCACAGGUACUAGCUAAAUCACCUAUAAAAGCCAGUAUGGAAUUAUGUAACCUCAGUAUAUACUACUAGCUGCCUGUCGGCAGUUGUGGUUGUACGCGUUAGUCAGCGGCGCGGAUGAAAUUUGCCACGUUUUCUCAAUUGAGGAAAAGUUAAAGAGGAUGUGCAUCAUGGUGCGAAAAUUAACACAAGUAGGGCUUUAAACUCUCAGCAUUCGCAAAGAAGAGUAACACCUCUGCAGUCGCAAUUAUGGUAUUUAAGGCAUCUUAUAUUCCGUCGCGUUCCAACUAGUUCCUUUUUAAAAUAAACACUAUAACAGUUGGUCUAGGAUAUUGUUUAUCAUAUAAUACAGCCUCACAAUUAACUUUAGACUCCACUUCAAAAAUAGAUGGUCUUUGUUCACUCAGGAAUGGGCGCACACCGAUCCAUUGGCUUCCCGAAGCAAACAAGCUUCGUAUGGGCGACAGGGGUCACGAACAGGCAACCACCUACCAGGCCGAAGUCGGCCAAGCUAUGAUAGCAGAGGGGAGACGACAGAGUCUGGGGGGUAGAUUGAUACAGCGAUAGAGAAUGGCGGGUGGCGAGGCACUGAUGAAUUUCGGUUCGAUGAAGUGCUUAUGACCCAUCUGGUAGACCCCAGUGGUGGACCAGCUGCGCCAGGUGCGUCUGAGCGCAUGUUUGUGUUUCCGGUACCAGCUGGUGGUCAGGGUUAUGAUUGGCUGAAUGAAGGCAAACAAGCCCGAAACAGUGCUGUAUCACUCUACCCCCCAGACUCUGUCGUCUCCCCUCUGCUAGAUAGUCUUUGACCAGCUAGAAAAUUCUCCGUACGUUUUAGUAAAGGUUCUCAGUUUUUAAAAUGCAAGUAUUCGAAGGCUUAUUAGAUGACCUGCUCGUUCCCCAAAUUCGUAAUAGGCCUUCUGUAUUAAAAUGACGCCUGCUAUCUGCUCAGGUUAGUUGAUAAGAUAUUCGUCUUGACUCGCAAGAGGAGCCUACUUUGGGCUGAGUAAUUGUUAUUCCAGGAUCUUGAGACAAAAGGCUGUUGAUCCGACAUACAUUCGGUGUAUUUGAAAAUUUUAGCGGUGAGAGCUUAUAAUGAUGGCAAAGCUUUCAAAGUAUCAUUCUUUUAUUUAAACCAAAUUUUCCUUGUGAUUCGAGCAAAAGAGUUGCCUAGACUGGAAUAGACCACUUUCGUGAUUUGCAAAGGUGGAAAGUGGUGUUUGCCAAAUGGUUCCUCAUAUAUCAUUUCUGUGUACCUCAAAAGAAUAUUAUAAUUGCGAAACUUGCAGAAUAUGCCAGAAUCUGGACGGACUUAAGUUAGAAGUACUGCCUUCCAAUCCCAGCAAUGCAGUUAGAUCAAAACAUGUGCUAAACAUUAUAAUCGGGGAAGUCGAGUCUACCUGGUAGCCCAUUAGCUGUCCGCCGGACGCAUGCACGAGUGGAGGAUAACAGAACGACCUACAGCGAAAGCCAUCUGCAAGGAUUUUAUCCUCGUUCGCACAGUGAAUAAGGAAUUGCGGGCUAACAACUGUGGAAGUUUGCCAGGCUGACUGUCCUAUAAAAUUUCUUAAAGUCCGUUGACGCCAUAAAAUAGGUCUGCUUGCCACCAACAUCUUGUGGUUAGGUUCAUACAGGCCUCAAAUUCCAGCAAUCAAUCAAAAGGCUGUUGGAGGCUCAACCGCGCCGAGCUUUUUAAAUACAUCUAGUUAAAAAAUUGCCUAAACCCACUGUUGCCCUAUGUGCCACAGAGCCCGCAACACACAUAGCCCACUGGGCAGAGCUAAUUUUAAGUAAGACGGGGCGCAUAAUCAGACACGGAUAUCUUCUUUUACAUACUGGAAUGGACAAAAGUUCGUUGAGACUCAACCGCGGAGGAAUCGUCACCAAAAUACAAAUGCAUACCUUCCUUUGAAAGGAUUACUCAGGAGCCAGGCUACUGCGAAAUUAAUAGUCCGGAGUGAAUUUCCACUAUUUCCUUCACCACAACGGCCCAUAGGGCUUCUUUCGGAAAAGUAGGCUGGUGUUUGACGCUUUCAAGUUGGCAAAUCAUUGUUUGUGUCGGAGCCGGUAAGUAAUGGGAUAACGCACAGAGGCCGUUGGCAAACUCUUCCUACGUGCUCUAAUAAUACUUGUUUGCGGCUGGAAUGACUAAAUCGGACCAAGCUGAAUUUCAAAAUAGUGCAAAUUUCGACUUGUUCGUCUUGGUGCUCCAUGCAUUAAUGGUGAAUGAUUACCUAACCUUUUAUCACAACCGACUGUAUGUCCCCACAGAGUGCUCUCAAUAUAGCGUCGACCACCCAUCCGCCCUGGAAUCAAAGUGUGGCUUCGAGACAGGCCAGGCAGAUGACACUCUGGGCAGCUCAAGUUUCUUUUAAUUGCAUGCUACCGACUCAAUCGAUGCGAUCAAGAAAGACAACAGUUACGGUUCCGAGCAUGUUUCGUCCAUCAAAACCUCAGGGGUUACCUCCUCCUCGUGCCAAGUGAUGAUUUACAGGAAUGAUUGGCUUUGAAACCUCGCAACUACACAACCUGACCGAAAUUCUGAAAAUGGCUAUCCAGUCUUUCUCUACGCCCGGGAACGAGGAGUAGUCAGCAGUAACUGAUCUUCAUUGAAAUCUUCAGUUAAUACAGACUUAAGGUUCAUACACUAGCGUGUAAUUACGGUGACAGAAUAUGGUUGUUGCCGCUGCCCAACGAAGCAACUGGUGCCAGGGUCUGUAUUGGUAAUUCCUUCCGCCAAAGAGGAAAAUAACAGAAAAGACGUUUGAAUAAGAUAAAAAAGUAUUGAACAAAUGUGGUGAAGCUACAGGACAGUCUGCUAGCAUAGCAUACGUUAAAAAAUUUAGUAAAUAAUUCACAAUGGCAGCGGUAGGCCAGAUGCACUAAAUGAACCUAAUCGUCAUCAAAGUGUGACUUUUUUGCUGACACUUCGGCCGAGCUCAACCGCCUGUAGGAGUAUGUCGAAUGUCUUCCCAACUUUGCGGCGAUGGUGGUUGGCUUUUCUUCAGGUUAUGUAAUGUUAAAUGACAUCCCUUCUGAAGACAAAAUGGCCGAUACAGUACUUACGCAAUAAAACCGCUGCCUAAGUCUGUCCUACGUCAAUAAUCUGGUUUAUAAGAUGUUUGAACAAUCAGGGAGACCGAUCCUAACUGGAGACUGGAACUUGGCGUCCCUUAGUUUGUUUUAAAGAGAGGAAUUAAGACGAAGUUUGGGAGAUACUGUAUCGUCAUUCUCAUCGACAUUACUGCAAAGACUGAUAAAACCCUUAUUUUCGGGCCGUACUAAAGUGUGUGUGAUGCGAUUACAAGAUCCAAUCAACCGUACCUUCGACGUUGGAGAGAUUACAUCGUCUAAUUAAUUACGCUAUACUUUUUUCGCGUAUACUACUACAUAUGCGAGCAAAUGACAGUAUUCUUCUCUGUUUGCCUUAUCGUAGAGUGCAAUCCCAUUUAAUGUAAUAAAAAAGAAUGGAGCCUAAGAGUGCACCGGAACAAGUGUUCGACUGGAUCGAGGCAUACCAAAGUUCCCUCGCUGCCCGAAUUAGUUUUAGUAAAAAUUUCUUCCUACUCUCAGCUGUCCUGUCAGAUAUUCAAAACUGAUGCUUCCAGUCGCUCAUCCUAUUUAAUUUCGUCAUUGAAUAAAUGCUCGAACAUGCUGUGCUCGUUUUCGCAGUGUCGAAUUUGCAUCAGAGCGAGGGGCUCAGCUAUGAUGACUUGAAGAAUUUUGUCUUGACGAAAGGCGGAACUACCUCAACUAUUUUGUUCAUCAAGCCCGAGAAGACUAGACUAGCCUUUAUUUGCAUUUUGGGUUAAAAGAAGACCCCCUAGAUAUUCAAUUGGCCACUUUUAAGUCUUAAACAGUUCCAGUGUUAUUGAAAGCACGUUCUCGCCCGAAUCGAUGUUGGUAGCAAAACUGUUGCAAGUCGUCAAAUGUGUUAAUGGGCCUCAAAUAAAUUUCAGUCGCUCCAACGAUAUCACAAAUCGUUAAGGAAAGAUAACUUAGAUGAUUUAGGCAUAUUAUUCGUCACCAGACUUCCAAGUUCAAAGACGCUACUGUAACCCACGCCCUCGCAUCUUCAGGUGGAACUAAGAAGCCAUCUCUAAAUCUGGUUCAAAGGGUUUCACCAUAUUAUCUAGGUAUUUAUUGGUCUUUCAGUAUAUUCUAGCAUGCGCUCUAGAAAAGACUAGAUUGAGCUUUCUAGAUCUGCUGCUGCAGAUCAUCAAACAUGAAGAAGGUACAUAUGGGAACUCAUAGAUGUUCAGUAACUCAGACAUAAUAACUACAGUAUUACCCUCAUUUAAGUAGGAUAAUAACAUAUAAGCCACAGGACUACGAUGGUUCAAAGGUAGAGAACCUCGAGUGAUUCGGUUGAUCGACAGUUUAGUUAGAGUGCUGGAGCAUUUUUUUCGGCUGCACGCGUUCCAUAUUUUCCAUAGUCGGCUAGAUAUAUGUUCAGUCACUCAAGACCAGUUUAUGUAACGCGACUUAAUAUUUGAGGUCAAUUUGAUGUAAACCUGGAAAAUGGUGCGUCAAUAAUUUUUAUGUUUUAUUUCUCGACGACUAAAGAAAUAAGAAAUUAGAACAGGUUGUUCUAAUAAGUAAUUAUACUAGAGUGACGUUAUUGUUUUGCAGACUUUAGCGAAAAUGACGACCCACGUAAUCGAAACCACCGUUCCUCAGUCCCCAUCAUUAAAUUUUUCAGUCUUCACACUCGUCUGCGAUCCAUGAAAAGAUUUCUCGGUCUUCAAAAGUCUGUUUCUUUUUAAGAUAAGGAAAUGACUAAUGGGUGGUGAGCGAUGACAGUUACUGUCAGUACAGCUUACGCGGAGUUGGCACUCGCAUCGAAUAAACAAACGCAUUCUGUUUGUUGAGAAGAAUAGUUUGAACUAGACGUUCGGGGUUAUGUUUGAGAUGCUAAAAACGGACAGUUAUAUCACUACGGGACCUGCAGCUCUCAGAGGAACCAAUGAGCACCGAAGUGUAAGAGAGUCAGACUGACUUACUUACAAGUUAGAAUAAUUUCUGCGAAAGAAAUAAGAAGCAUGCAGUUUUUAAGAAAAGUCACGACGUGAAAAGGGAUCUCACUACUUGGUCUGAAUUGCUACAAGGAACUCGAGCUGUUAAUUGACGUCCACUCACCCGACAAAUGGCUAAGUAGUCGUCGUGAGACCAGAGAACAUGAGACGGUUCCUACUCUUAAAAGUACCUCUCCAUCUGAAACUGGAAAUACGAGGCCGUCAUGCGAAUAUGGUGACACGCACAGAGGUAGCGCCGUCUGUGAAGAAAUUUAUUCCACAUCAAAACUAAAAAAGAAACAAGCCAACUUCUGUCCUCCUGGACCGUCCGUAAUUUUAACUAGCUUCCCGAACAAGUUACCACAUUGCCACAGUGCUGGAUAUACAGGCAACCAAGAGCGCAUAUGUCUGCUAUUUUUUAAUGGACUUGGAUUUUGCUAAUAAUAUUAUGGAUUUUAUCGGAGUCAUACGGCUCAUGACCUAGCCCAGAGGACAGCUGAAGAGUUCGUUUGAAGAAGAAGUUACCUGUGGCUCAAAUUUUGCUGAUUGUUAUAAAGCAUUCAUUUUAUUUCUUGAUUUAAGUCAUAUACCAGCACAUGGUCUAAACUUUGUAUCCCUCCUAUUGGUUAAAAUAACUACUAAAAUUUCGGCCUAUACCUGUUAACACGAGCAUUUAUAUUUGUCAGUUAAUUCGAAGUGUAGCUUACAACGCGGCGUUUGGCGUCAAAGGGGGCAGGUUUUAUGAACAAAGGCAGAAAGACGGGAAAGCAAUUUCUAUUUGAUAUCGGCAAAUAGAUCAUAAAUACCCAUCCCAAUGCGUCUGUCGUCAGAGCUAAAACUUCCCGUUUAUUGAUCGUUAGUCGUCAUGCCAUUGCCUGUGUUGGCUACUGACCUUUACAUCCAAGGUAAAGCACAAGCACUCACUUUCGUUUUGCAAUCCGGAUAGAUCGAUGUACACCACGCCCAUGCCUGUUUAAACUGUCUAGGAAACACUCCAGACACAUUUUGUGCAAGCGGAGUUGUUAGGUGUCUUGAUGGGUUUGUUGGACGAAUAGACUGCUGUUUUAUCAAAUCGCUGUGCAGCACUUUUACCACGUGGGUCUAAUAAGAUGCAUGAUGGUUCUGCAGUCGGCUGACUGCAUGCUUUUCCGAAGAAGUUCUACUCCGAACGUGCAAAUGAAGGUGUGCAUGGGGGAGUGAAGUUACAGAUGGUGAAUUUCUCUGCUUUUCUCCUCUGCAAGAGUUGAACCUGUAUUCCCGCAGGUGUUGACCAGUUCCUAUUAUUGAUGGUUAAAUCAGAAGGCAUCAUUAUUACUUGAGCGUUUUAAAGAAGUUAAGAAGUUACUGACUGCAAAACUGGUGAAUAAUUCACGAAGAAUCUUCAUUUUGAUUCCAAAUAGAAGGGAUUAUUUAAGAAAGGUUGCAAUGCAUCGUAACACAAAACAUCCGUCAGGUCACUUAGUACAUGACACGAUACUGGUUUCUAGAGAAAAGUCUUCACAGCUUUGCGCGUAAAUCACGUCCGUGAAGAAUGCAGCGCAUACCUGGCGCAAAGUUUUCAUGCACAUUCAAGGUUUAUGCAUAUGCAAUCCUGUGUCCCCGAAAAUAUACGCAAAAUCUUAGUUUUUGCGUGCAUUUCAUAAGAAAUCGCGCAUAGUCCAACUUUAGUCGUGAAGGGUAUGCAGGGUAUCAUCUUGCUUGUCAUUAUUCGAACUUUUCGAGCCGUGGUGUGCAUGCAUUUACCAGUGUUGCUUUCAACUUGACCCAUAUAUAUAUUGCAAUAUAUUAUGUCAAUCGGGAGUCCUCUCAUAGGCACAUGCACGGGGAAACGGCCGUCAGAGGUUUUAUUCGGUAUCCCUGCAGUAAAAACAACACCCCCAUCUUCUGUUAUUGCUCACCUCACUGAGAUGAAGCAAUUGUGGUUUUGGAAAUUAUAGUUUACUGUUGUCGACGAGAGGGUCCAUUCGGGAGUUAUCCAACUUUCGUACAUACGCCUAUAAAACUGUCUUUCUUUUCUUCUGAAAGGUCACCCGGGAUCAGAUUCUGUAUCGGCCAAUCGGCAGAGCCCAGACACCGAGAUGAAGGGGGAACAUGUGUCACCAAUUUCUCCUUCACCGAAAUCCGCUGUUGCGACCCCCAUUGGGCAGACUGAUCCCAUCUUCUUCGGCAGUCUUUCAGGCGAAAUAGCACGUGAAAUACAUGACGAAUUCCUCAUUUGUAAAAUUUGCUUGGAUAAUUUCAAGAGCCCCAAAUCCCUUGCUUGCCUUCACACCUUUUGUCAAACUUGUAUUGAGAACCAUAUUUCCGCAGAAGUGACCUACAACAAGGUUACUGACUACCACCACUUCACAUGUCCACUCUGCCGUAAACGCACCACUCUGCCAAUUGGUGGCGUGAAGAAACUACCGGACAACUUCCUUGUUUCCGGCCUUGCUGAUCUACUUAAAAGAACCAGAACCCACUCCAGCAGUUCGGCUUCGACCAUCACCGAGUUGAAGGGUGGGCAGCAAAACCGACAUCUGGAAGGUGACGCGGAUUCUGCAGGCGAUGUUGAUUUCGGUCACGGCCGCGUCGGUCGCGUCAGCAUUUCGGGCUACGGCGAGUGUGAAAUUUGUGGUCAGUUCGGCGAUAGCGUGGGACGUGGACAUUCGGUGACACCUGUAGCCAGCACAAAUAACCGAAAAAACGCCAGUGCCGGUGACGCAACAGUCAGCACGAACCAGCGAGCUUCUUCAGCCAUCGUUUCGGAUGUGCCAAAGGCUACUUCCAAGUGUCUGGACUGCAACAAAUUGCUCUGCGAACAAUGUGUAGAGCGGCACAGACAGAUUAGAGUGACCAAGGAUCAUGCGGUGUUCAAGUUGGCUGCAGAAAGUUCAAUUGCCUGCAAGGAUCACCCCGAAGAGCCAGUGAGGUAUUACUGUGAGGCAUGCGGUUGUUGCAUAUGUGUUCUCUGCACAUUCAACGAUCACAGAGAGCAUGAUGUGACCAAUUUUGGUGAGGCGAUUGCGGCGCUGCGAAGUGAGUUGCAGAGGCGCAUCCAGGAGACGCAACUUGUAAUCCAACGGAGUAGAAAGUGGCUCGGGGCGCUGGAUGAUGUGGGAGAGGUUGUUAGAAAGAUUGAAUCAGAAAUUCGAUCUUGUGCUGACAAAACAAUAGACGAGGUAAGCAAUGCAAUAACACAUUUAUGGCACCAAUAGAAGGAGCGGCUCACAAAGCCCUGGAUUUUCACAAGCUAGUUAUCUAUAGACAACUAAUGUAUAUAGAGUUUUUGCAGUCUGUUUUUACGAAUAUUUACGAAAUUACCAGUUCAGGGACAAGAUAUUGACAAUUUUUUAAACCUGCAACUAAGUACACAGGAUUUUUGACAGCCUUCAUAACGCUCUGUCGGAAUAGCAUCUAGUCAGGCCAAAAGUUUAUCUUUUACUGGUGUGCAAUACAAAUGUUGAAAACCAGUUAAGCAAGGACUUUUUACAAACCCCAAUGCAAACAAACCUUCAGGCUGAAACGCAAUGUAAAGAUUUACACUACUUAUGUAGGUCCUAUUGAAGCUAGUCAUUUAAACCGUUCUAAGGAUUCUUAAGACCCGUCUUUUUUGCCUAGUUCUUUCAUUUCUUCCCUCGUUGGUUUGAACGGUCUAUGCUAGUGGCAUCCACGUAAGGAAACUAGGAAAUUCUGCAGCCAAUUGCUUUGGGCCCUAUUAAAGGAGAAAAACACGGUUAAAUUUGAAUAUGUACGAAAAGCGGAAAAAGCAAAAGACUUAAAAAUAAUCACGGCAACCCAUAUAUAUACAUAUAUAUCGCCUUCAGAAGCCGGCAUUAUACUGUGACCGAAAUAACAUAUGAGAAGUUCGGUUAAUGUUCUAUGAGUCAUGUUGUCUGCUGUCUUUUCCGUUUAUCUCUGGGUUUUUUUAAACAUGGCAUCUACUUCGAUGUUCCGAUUUAUAUAUGAGUCAUUCGAGGGUGAGAGAGAGAAAUGUUCGGCCUCCCGGGGAUGUGUGGACGCCAAGAAGGCAAAAAAUGUACCUAAAUUCCAGCGUAUACAUAGGUAGUCGAGACAGUUGGUCUCGUCUCCUUGCUGAAAACUGAUGGUCAUGCAUGCGAGUUUCCAGUUGAACGUUAAUAUGAAGCAUCAUUUUCUAAAUGACUCAUUUCUGAUCUAAAUAGCCAAUCUCAUCAUUAGAGUGCAUAAAUUAGGCACGCAGUAUAAUCGUCGGUUUGUAUACCCACGUACUUGGUGCUAUCCGUGUCGCGUCCAUCAUCCCGCAGAGAAGAAGAGGAAGAUGCGAGUUUAUGGAUCGAAUAAUAUUUGUACCGACGUUCCGGGAUCUUCCUUUUUUCCAUCAUCAGAGUGGUGAGGUGGCUGUUCCUACCGGCCUUAAUUUUUCAGCCUUGCCGCCUGUUUAGCAUUGUAACCGCGAUAAACGUACAAACUUUAGCCUGCCACUUUUCUACCGACCGCUGUCGGGCUCGCGUGUUCUUUGUCCCUUUUUCGGCCGUCGUGGUUGAAAGCCAGGUCAGCGUGCUUGCUGGCCUCCCCUUCCUCAGCUGGCGGGGUGAUCAGCCGCUAACGCUCGUGCAAGUUGUCUUCCGCCUCGUGGGCACGUCGGUGAAGCAGUGCUCCAACGCUGGUCAUCUGACCUCCCGUCGGCCACUCCCCCCUUCUUCAAGAGCGCCAUCUGUCAACCCUGUAUGACUUUGCUCGCCUGCUUUAUUGACACUGUCUGAGCUUAUUCGAGUCUUGCGCGUAGCGCCUUGUUGGCGGGAUAUAUGUCCAUGACUCAGUUAAUUGUGGUAGUUGAAGACCAACCCUCGAGCACCAGUCUGGCCAUCUUUUUACCUCGGCCACUCAUCCUAACUUUCUUAAAGGCGAAACUGUGGUCUGAGGUUUUAUGUGGCCGUAUGCCAGUGAUAGCUUAUCCUCGCGAUUUAUUAUUAGUCGAUGAUCACGCAAUCGCGUGCCGAGAGGUUUGCCUGCAUUGUGAAUCCCGGUUUAUGAUCCACACUAAUCACAAAAGAUUUCUAGAUUCUUGCAGUCACCCUCAAAGUGUUCUUCACAGAGAGAAUCGUGAGCCAGGACCUUGACUUUUCCCCGUUUGACCUCUCAAAGUGGGGCUUCCUGUGACACUGGCAUAUAGAGAACAUGGGAUGGCCUUUGGUCCCAAAUUGGAUGUGCAAUUAUUUCACCUCGUGCUUCCUUCCACUCACGUCGAUACGGUGUGCUUGAACGCUUUGGAAGAGGCUUCUGAUGCAAAUGUGUUUGUGGCCAGAGAGGUGAAUGCUUCUGAAGUGAAGAAUGAACUUAGUGUUAUUUACAUUAUGAUAGACCGUUGACGUUAUCUCCCCGUGUGCCUUCCUUAUAACCUGUACGUCAAGGAAUGGCAACUGCUUGUUGACUUCUUCUGCCAUAGUUAAUCGGAUUUCCGGAAAGAUUGAAUCCAACAGUAUACUGAAGGCCUACACCUGACUUUUUGGUUAUUACAAAUGUGUCAUCGACGAAGCUUGUCCAGAAUAUUAGAGGUACGAGUUAAAUACCAGUCUCUGGAGCCUCUAUGAAACUAUUUUGUUCAGACAAGGGUGAACCUACUGGUUUCAUCAUCAUCAUCAUCAUCAUCAUCAUCAUCAUCAUCAUCAUCAUCAUCAUCAUCAUCAUCAGCAGCAGCAGCAGCAGCAGCAGCAGCAGCAUCAUCAUCAUCAUCAUCAUCAUCAUCAUCAUUUUCUUCUUCUUCUUCUUCUUCUUCUUCUUCUCGUAUAUCCAGCCGUCGAAUGUAUAGAAAGUCGUAUGGUACAGUUUCGGGAGCUCGAUGAUGUGCGACCGCUCGAACUGUCGGUCAGCUUCGUAAUCUUUUUCUCAGAGAAGGCAGUCAAUAGUGUCAUAGCCAAGCCGGAUGGGAUAGAAAUGCAUAAAUAAAUUCCGUCAAAUAACGCUAUCACCUCGUUCGCCUCCUAUUCCAGAUACCGGAUACGCGUCAAAAACUCUUCAACCGACCUCGCUGUCUACUCUGGAUCCCUGAUAAAAAAAACUGUCACUAAUAGUCUCAAUAUGACAAGCGAAAGGUUGGGUAGGAAGUAGAGGCUCUCUCGGCUUGUGCAUCUUUAUCGGGCCUUAGAAAUGCGCCAUCACGGCACUAAUGGACUUUACGGUCAGUGCUUCCCUUCCUGUGGGUGCUCCUACCUUCCUAAACCAGUUUACCAUCCUGUUUAUUCUGUUCACAAGCUCUCUUGGCUCCUGGGCAGCCGAUAUCGCGUAAGUCUCCUUGUUUAUCAGUUGAAUCUACAUUUUCGUCCGAUAUUCGGCCUUGAUCAUGACGACCGUCGAGCGUCCCUCAUCGGCGGACAGGGUGACAAUAUUCUUCAUUCUUUGCAUUCUCAGAAGUUGGUGAUCUUUUGCUUCCAAAAUCGAUAUCUUGGGUCUGUACUGAGGCGGAAAGCUGAUACAUGUUGCGGCAUGUUUUUGAAUUCCUUAACUGUCUCACACUACGGGAACGUCGAUAAGAAACUUACGACAAAUUCUUCUGGUCAAGCAUCCUUUGCAUUGCACAUGUUGUGCUUGUGUCUGCACCUGACAGGUGAUAAAUAACGUUCACCGAUGCAUUUUCUGAGUACGUGCACGCGCAUACCUGUGACCGUCAUGGGGGUGAGCGUCAGUUGUUAGCGUAAAUCAAAAUAGAGCAAAGCACCGACGGACAAACAGCGUCAUAUAAAAGCAUUCCAUGUGCAACGCUAAAAAUAUGACUACAUAUCCUGUUUCCCACUACUACUACUACCACCGCUACUACUACUACUACUACUACUACUACUACUAUUACUACUCCUGCUCCUGCUGCUGCUGCUGCUCAAAAUGUAAUUUUUCGGAAAUAGGUCAUCACUGAAUGCAGAAUCGUAGGAAACACUCCAUCAUCGAAGCUCGAAGUGGACGCAAUCCAUGCACGAAUGCACAACUUUCGCGAGAAUUCGAAUUGGGCUGCUUGCCUAAACAUUGUGUUUAUUUUUAUGAACAUUUUCGUUAUCUAAGUUCCUUAUAACUGUUGGUGGUAAAAAAAAGACGAAAUUAUUUCCUUUCCUUCCCAACCAACCUGAAUGGCAAGUUUCCAACACAAUUUCCGCGUUUUAAGGACAGUAGAUCGAUUACGUGAAUUCGCAACCUUGCAACUUAACUAGUUUUACUGCACUUGGUUUUUUAAGGAACAUGAAGUUAGCAUCUUUGCAAUAUCAAUCCAACCGACCAACAAGAAAGCGCAAAUAUAAGUAAUCAGGGCAGUUUCCUCCUAAGUACCUACUGGAAUUCUGCUGAGGUGAUUGGGCUGAUGGCUCAAGCACACAUCAGCUGCUAUGAUAGCAUGAAACUCUCUUACUAAACUGGAUAUUAGAUGUGCCCCAGGCACGACGAAAUAUCUCACGGAGACAUUUUAGUAAAAGGGAAAAUGUUGAAAAAAUAAUGAAAAUUCAGCCCUCUUCCCAGACUAAACCUGAAGACAUUAGGAUAGUACUGAUUGUUAGUUUUACAGACUGUUUUCAUGAAUAAUUAAACGACAAUUUUUCGUAGCCCCUUUUCAUAUUUCUGCAUCUACUCUAAACUUAUAACUUAACCCGAACAACAGACGAAAAAGCUAAAAAUCACGUCACUCGGAGGUAAUGUCGGACCAUAAAAUAUCACAGUGAGAAUGAUUGUUCAAAGUGCUAUUGCCCACAGCUGAAAAGAGUACGUUGUGAGCUUUUUCCUCUAGUAAGUGAGAUCACUUUACUCUGAAUGUGCAUCGUUGUAUAGUUUGAACGAAACGGAAAGUGACCGUCUAAAUUAAGUGACAUAUAGUCAAGGUUCUUUGGCCUUUGAGUGCUGGAAUGCUCUGCCAUGAAGCCCUUACACUAAGUACUAUAAGAUAAAGCGCAUCGUAGAAUUGGUACUCAUGAGUAUCUGUCAUUAUAGCAGAUGGAAAAAGAAUUCAUGACGUUGGUACAGUCUCAAAAUCGACAGGGUUAUUCAAUUAUCAGACUAGUAGCCAAGCGCACAGUAGGUCACUUCCACGUGUAUCCACAGGCAUACUGCAAAGAACCAAAAGUUGAUUGGUAUAUUUUCACGUCAAGCCCACUUUUCGAAAUUUGAUUUCUGGUCGAGGGUGCAUAGGCGUCUCGAAUGCAUGGAUGACGAGCGCGAUUUAUAACCUAUAUAUGUGGUCCUGCCUGCUAAAAACGUUCGUACAUCCAAAAUUUGGACAAAACGCAAUCAAACCUCUGAUUUUUAGUCUUCCUUACGAGGGCGUUUAAUACAUCACGAAUUUGGUCGCCGUCUGUCCAUUCUAUUCUGUCCACCUUCGGCAAACAGACGAUACCAUCGGUCAGCAGAACUCAACCCUCAAGUCCAAUAUUGCAAGCUUUUUAGGUUAUAUGGUAAAGUCUUCAUUAUUUAGUGAAGAGAAAACGAGACUUGCUAGACCAAAAUUAUACCCUGUUUACGAGGACAGACUUCUAAGACCUUCCUAACGAAUUAAAUCGCAAUUAUAUAGCGGUGGAUUGCAGUCGACCUGACUAAGUUCAAAACAGUAUGAUACAUUCGUCUGUCCAUUAUUUGCUCAAAAGUGCUCACUUUCAUCCCCGUUCGUGUACGCACGACAUUUUUGUCUCCCUGCGCUACAUGAAUCACUAAAACGGGCCACGCGGUAGAUGCGUUAAACCAACACGGUGGCUACAUCGAAUUCUAGCAGGUGUUAUCGAGAAUGCGCACCCAUAAUAAAUGCUAACAUUUGGGGUGCGGUUGCAGGCCCGUUUACAGGCACAUGCCGCGCCAACUGGGACCCCUGCCGCCCCCGUUUCUGUCGAUGUUGAAAAUCCUAGUCAAGUGUAUGUUAUGGACCAAGGGUGGGGUGGUACGUCUAGGUACGGGUUUUAGCCUUGCCAGUCACUCGCGUUCUCUCCCGCCUCCGGUCUUCUAGACUCUGUAUUGACAUCAAGCCCAGGUGGGGAGGAUGAGCGGAUACGGUAGACGCUGCGCAUGUCUACUAACUUAUGCGCAAGUCACCAUCCCUGCUUUACCCUGCUGUGGAGUACAUGAUAGACAUAAUCGAACUCGAAGGUCAAAGUGUCGUAUUACUGGACACUGAUUUUAUUCUCUUCCUUUAUCGGCCAUCCCCCAACAGGGAACUGGACUUUGCAAUACUGGCUGACCAAGCAUUUGGUCUCUGGCUCACACCCCUCACGGGUUGUGCUAAAUCCCUCUGUUUACUUUAAGAGACUUUACGCAUCGUAUACAGAAUCAAAGCUCUGUUAUUUAUGUGACCCGAAGGUAUGACAGAAUAUAAAAAUCAGAGAUUAACGUGAACGUCAGUGGUAGCUGGGGCACUGAGCCCAUUGGUGACUGAAUGACUCAUGGUCGUCGUAAAUGAUGGGGGUACAUGUGCGCUUCGAGGCCAGCACAUAUAAAGACUUACGGCAAAUAGACUGACAUGUACUGCACUUGCUCCCUUAGAGGGCUUGGUGACAACGUUGGCCUCCGUUUAGGGUAAAAAUCGGGAGAUGGCACCCAAAAACUCCGCCUAACCAAAACAGCCUGUCUUACGGGACAGGUGGCAAUAGGGGUUUUAUUGGUGGUGGCCGGUCGGGAUGUACGAUACAAGCCGAUGGAAAGCCUUAUUUGAACGGGUGAAUGAUCGAUGUUGGCCCGCUCUCCGUUCCGUUAAUACAAAAUGGGUCGCCAAAGGCAGUAUAGUUGUAACGGACGAGUGGAAGGCGUAUAAUCGUCUUCCCUCAGAAGGUUAUCUGCAUUUCUCUGUUAACCACUCAAAGAACUUCAAGGACCCUACCACCGGACUGCACACCAAUGCCAUUGAGGAAGACUGGAGUAGACUGAAAAGGAAACUCUACGAGGGAGGCCCUGUAUGUGGUCGAGCUGUGUGGUCUCACAUAGACGAAGUACAGUAUCGUCUUUGGUUUGGCUUCAAUGCCAUGUCUUUUACAGAUGCCUGGCAAGUGUUCCUGUCUCGUGUUGUGCAGACUUAUCCUAUUUAAAAGUGAUUUUGUUUUGUAAUAAACUGCCAUAAUGCGAAUGUAUGCCGCAUAUUCAGGUGUACGUGUGUAACAAUGGGAAUGGUUGGGUAAUAGCGACCAUCGUCCAUGUAACCUCCUGCGAUGUUCGUUCGGCCAGCCCAUGUUAGGCCGUCAGGGAAAGUCAAAGUAGUGCGUUAAGGUUGGCCUGCAACCGCUGAUAUAGCCUGCAGGCGUUUGAGUCCACUGUUAAAGGUAUUAUUUCUAGGUAAUGGAUUUUUUUGGGUGCCAUCUCCCGAUUAUUACCCCGUUUAGAUCUAAUAAGGUGGCACAGCAUAGUUUUGUCUUUUUUUUGGGGGGGGGGAGGAGGGAGGGUGAGGCAAAACAUGCAAUCCACGCAAGCAUACGCAUUAAAGUUGCCACGCAUCAUUUGUUCUACGUUAGUUCGCAUAGUUUCCAUCCCGCCCUAUUGCUCAUUAUCUACCUCUUUGGACCGGUUGUCUACAUGCGCUGACUUAAUGGGCGGUAAUGGGAUAUACAUCUAAAACCGCGCUCAUAACCAAGAGAACGACCAUUUGAUCCUCGUUCAUUCGUUUUCUGAGCAUUAUGUCCGCCUCAUUGGUACUGUGACGAAAGUAGAGGCAACGUUGUAAGUGUUCUAUGUGUUAGUUUACAACAAGAUCGGUAAAACGCAAGCCUGGUCUGCAGUAAACUGAUCGAUAACGAACCUACGUAUCUCCAUAAAAACCUAAAAAAGUGUAUUGACGGCUAUUCGUUCAUGCUAGCUUCCACCUUCCUGUCUGCAUUUCACCUGCAGUUUAAAGUAUGCUAAAAAAAAGUCUAAGCCAUUUGUCUAGACUUACGCUUAUCAGCUUCGAAUUUUUGUUUAUUUAUAACUGAUCGGGCGCUUAGCUGUUAUUUGUUUAAACUGAGCACUUUUAUCCCGAACAUACGAUCGCAACUUACCAGUUUAUCAUUUUGCACCUCUACCAGGCAUCACUAUGGCAAUGCGUUAACUCCGAGAGCAGUUCCCCUUUAAUUGUACUUAUUUAUUGUGAAUGCAUCUUGCUUACCCCUGUUCCAAAUCCUUUGGCUAUUUUUCAGAAUUGUCGCAUUCAUGUUUUUAAAACUAAGGCGCCUUUCGAGGUGGUAAAGCGGAAAUAAACGAGUACCUCCCAGUCCGGGAGAAUAUUUCGUCAUCAAUGCUCGCCGGCGAUAAUAACCAUUGUAAUCCCUCAGCCUAGCAGCGAGAAGGAAAUGAUGGAAGUAAAGAAGGUGUCUUACCUCAGGUUGACCAACAACUUGUGACGGAGAAGUAGAUAUAAAAACUUCAAGGAGCGUUCUAUUCUGACAAAUCAACUUCUGAAGAAUCCGCAUGUUCUGUCUAUAUUUUUGUCGUUUAACAUGCAGAACUGUAGUCGACGUAUUAAAUGGGCAAUAAUUUAGUACUUACUGCACUUUCAUGGCUUACUUUGCACCGUUUUCUCAGAUCCAUAAGCAGGAGGACGCAUUGAUGGAGCAGCUGCAUCAGCGAGUCGGACGUCCAACACUUCAAACCAUUGAACGCAUCCCAGAAUGGGAGUGUCAAGUGGCCUACCUGGAGUCAGUGCAGACUGAGGUGUCCGAGCUGCUCGAGGGUCAGGAUAUUAACAUUCUCCUGACAAGGGAAGACCUAAAGACAAAGUUAAGUAACCUACCCCAGUUAGAGUUCGCAAGGGAACUUCCAUCCACAGUAUGUCCGAAGAUCGUUUUCACUGCGGGCACAACUGUAUUGGGGCAACUCAGUUUUCCAGACCAGCACACAACCCCCAUGCCUAGCCCAAGUAAAGCAGCGUCCUCUCCAAAGAUGUCCUCUGAUUCGGUCCCCACGCCGUAAGUUAUUACAGCAUGAUUUCGUCAGAAAUGCUGCUUGAACAACAAACAUCUCUUACAGUGUUUCAGCUCAUAAAGAGUGGAUAUAUGAUUGUAAGAGUGCUGACAGUGACACGGUUUUGAGGAUGAAUGUCCAAAUAAUUAUGUCUGAAGAUUGCUAGACAGGUGGCUAGGGCUGUGAGGCUGGGACUCACGUCCGAUCUUAAAGAAACAAACAAAUUUGCAAAUGGAUAGAGGCUAGUCGUUGAGUUCGAGACACGAUAAUAAGGAGGAAUGCAAACGAGCUACCGAGGUUCGUCAUGGAGCAGUGACUUGCAACGGCUCUUGGUUUAUGUUGGCUGAGCAAAGACGGUUUUGACUUUCAUAUCCAAAUUGAUCAAGUAGAAAAUUAUGCAUACUGAAUGAGAACUUGGAUCUGCUAACAUUUCUGCCGCAUGCGCAAGUGCAACGUUUGUAUCGAUAAGAAUUAUGAUAAACAGCAGAUAUCUGCUGUAUUCGGGGGGAAUGCUUGUGAGUUUGAACACUGACUGCAAGAUGAUCAGCUGUUGCACCAUACCAACUUAUAGAAAAGCAGUUAUUACAAAGGAGAUAAUAGGAUUUCCGUUGGCAAUGCAGUCGAAGUGGAAGAGUAAGUAUUGUCCUACGUCAGUUGGGUGUACUAGUAAAGGGUUUAUGUUGUUAGCGUUACGUAUCUAAGAGAAAGGGAGGGAUGCGAUAGAAGGAUCAAGCCUUUUUGGAAAAGUAUUGUUUCACACAGGUUGCACGGUACACUAUGCUUGACAGCACAGUGCUAGCCAGAAGCCGAGGCACGUGUCAUGCAUUGGCAGAAUAUCAGCGAAGCACGUAUCUGGGUUUUUGGCUAAUGCCUGCGCUGUCAAAUUGGUUAUAUCAUGCAAUCUGUGCUUAUUCUACUGGCUGCCUGUUGGCAGUUUAUGAACAUGACGCAGUUAUCCAGCUGUGGCUGAUGGACUUCGGCUCAAAUAUUCAUAUCAAAUUUCAGUCUGAGUCUGUAAGUCUCAAACAGACUAAUUCAGAAUGGUAUUACCGACAAAGACAAGGGAGACUGGAAUGGCCAUUUCUGGCUUAUUAGCCGUCGUCAGCCAGCCAUACUCCAGCCAGUCACUCCAAGUUAAUGACUAAUUUCCGAGGAAAUUUAAAAAAUCGUUUUAAAAUUGUCAGUCAAAACAUUUUCCUUCAUCAUAAUCACCGUGUAAAUAGCUAAAUGACAAGGAAAAGGAACACUGAACUGAUUGCCGGCCAGUAAGUACUUUUUAAUCAAAAAUCCUGCGGCCUAGUUCAAGCCUUCCCUAAGAAGUUGGAGAUCAGUCCUGUUUUUGACGGAGUGACUCACAACCAGAUCAUCAGCAUACUUAUUAUGUAGACACUCGAACUCUUGUUUUUUAUAGCAAAUUCGCGCAAGGCGAGGGUAGAAAUUAGGCCAAAUUUAAUGUCAUAAAUUUUGCGCGUCUGAUCAACAUGCUCCGCCGUUUAUAAACCUGUACUCUUUGAGCGCCCUAGACGGUUUUCUUAUCGAACCGUUUGCUUUAUAAAUAUGCAGUGGUCGUGAGCAGCUGAAUAUGAGACCACGGAAUUUAGGACAUCAUUACAUUCUACAUGUUUCGCCACCUUUGCUUUAUUCAAAUUUAGGCAAUUACUGGAAAUCUCAAAUUGCAUUCUGUAGGGAAAAGAGGUAAAAGGACAACAUUUAAUUCUGAAACACUUCGUGGUCAAUAGGCAAGGGAUAGAUUUCCAACUGUUAAACCUUAAAAUCUGAUUACGAGAAAAUAUUCUGCAAGCCCAAUAAAAAUCCAGCCUGAAGGGCCGCACUCCGAUGCUUUGUUGACGAGAAGGCGUCGCGGAACAAUACUGGGGGCUACGGAGUUAUCAAGAUACGUGCAUGAAUACGCACGACAGGACUUGUAUAGGUCUCCUAAAAUCGGAUGGACCGCAAGAGCAACAGUGACUAGAGUAUUGCAUUUGACUGCAGAUGCAAAUUAGGAGGAGUCUGCGAAACUGGAGGAACCUGACACAAUAGUACUUAGGACAACUCGUUCAGUCAGCUUCAGAAGCGCGGAAGGAUUUAAGAUCAACAGUAUUAGAUAUCUUUAGGGAUGGAAAUGAUUUUGACAGCACGCCAAGCACCGGGCACUUUGGAUUUACUAAAACCCGUGUUAAUAAGAGGAGUUAAAUUUGCUGCUGGGUAACGUAGAACAUAAAAAGUCAUUAAGCAACGUCCGGUCCAGCAUUUGUUGAAACACAGACCCUUCGAAGAUGCUUCUCCACUGCACCUACGAACACCGUUCAGGAGGCUAUGUCCCAGACGGAAGGUAGAACAGGAAGAGAGCCGGUUUGGAGGACAAGCACUUUAUUUGCAACUUGCGGACACGAAGGGUUACAAGUCGUCAGAAAGAUGCUCUUGUUACGUUGGCCCCUGUGCGUUCUGCAACAUUCUACCCAAUGGCGUGCCAGCCGUUGAAGGUGUCCUAGAGCGUUCCUGCCCGGGGCGUGCUGGUCGCUGAUUGGCCACCGUGUGUGCAAUAAUUCCGCCGCGGAAACGUCUGGAAUGUUUGACCGCACGCGUGAGCAAGGCCACCACACGAACUCGGCGCUGCAGUGCACGCCGGUUGGUCGUUUGGCUUCACGCGUGUCUAACGCCGCCGGCUUGGUCCCCUUUCAGUGCCUUAGGCCAUGGCCCCACGCCGCUUGCGUUCCGUGGUUUAAGAAAGUCGCUUGGGAGAAGACUGAACUCCCCAACGGGGAAGACAUAAUUCUGAAUGAAUGAGUCUAAGUUACUGUCAGCAUGUAAGUUUGGUUCGUUAACCAGUGAGGCAUUUAAACUUUUCUUAAUAUCGACAAUUGAAUGAGAAAAUUUGGAGAAAGAGGGACAAGGAUGGUUGACAAACGAGUAGUCUAGUCGGUUAAUCUCAUUGUUAUUGGCACGUUGACUGCUUCCAGCCCGUCAGACAAGCAAUAAUUUUAUUAAAUCUGUUAUAAAGUGGUUCGGACUCGAGUCCACAUUUGGAAGUAUAAGAAGAGUAGACGGUUAUGCUGGGAGCAGCGUCAUAACGUAUAAUUUUCCGCUCUGGUCCGGUUGACAAUGGCCGUUUAUAAUUGGAGUAGAUUAACGUGGGUCUAUUAAGGUAGAAUGGCCCGAACCGGUCAAUGAUGCCCCGCUUUUAACAUGAAAAAUUUCAAGGUACUUGACUAUCUUGUGGUGAAGUUAAGCAUUGGUACGAGUAUUGGCGGAACCAGGAUCUUAAGAGCCGAAAUAAUAGUAGGACGUAGGCUUAAGCGACUAAAAGUCGCACGUAAAAGAAUACGCUAUUCGCAGGACAAUAAAGCAUGUUUUUCUGACAGGAAGUCGAGAAUGCGGGUUAGUGCGUCCUCCCAGUUGGGAGUAGAAUGUUACUAAUAAAAAUGUCCUUAAAAUAAUUUAGUAAAAGAGAUUCUCAGUCGACAGCAAUAAUGUUUUGGGACUAUCAGAGUAUUAGAAUGAUGUUUAGUAGUUUUACACCAGUCCCUACUGUCGAAAACGGCACUUGCUCAGACACCACCGACUGCAUGGUACGGUUUACCGCGUCAAAAGAGACCGAAGAGCAAAAGCAUACGUCGUUUAUUAUCACUCGUACAUGUCUUCGGACAAAAUCAAUUAAUUUUUACUGUACAGCUAAUGACAGGGCGAGGUCUAUAUCAUCACAGUCCGCCGAAAGAAAACCUGAAGUUACCAUCACUGUUUCCGGUCGUUGUUUAUAUGUGAUUUAAAAACCGUGGCAAUUUCUUUCAAUGUGGAAACGUGUAACGUCGACAUGCCGUAAAGAUACCGAAGGAGCACAAACGCGGCAUAUUAGUGGUAGAUUGCAGCCACUAGCAUCACAGACACGCCUGGGUCAACUGGCUGCACAACUUACAUGAAUUCAAACUUAUUUGAAAAAGAUACGAGCGUAUUGCAAAGACGGGCAUAUACUCUGAGUUCCAAUAAGCGAGGACUAGAAAAAAAGCAGCAUGGCAAGUAAAAUAGGCCCAAAUCGCAAAAAAGCUACAAGUGAACGGGGAGGCUAAAGUGGGAAUUCGCUUUAUAAAAACCCAUCUUGGAAGGGAGCUACUUCUAAAGGAAAAUCGACCCAGACUCGGUUCGAGCCGGAUAAACUUGCCUUUACGGCCAGCUCCCGCGUUUGAAUGGAGGGUAACGUAUACCAGGACGCAUAAAAUCAGCUAUAGAAUCUCAAGUCUAAGUUCCUCCUCACAAUCUGUGUGAUUAACUACGUUUUUCUUCAUCAUUGUAAGAUGCUUGUUGUUUAACAGCCCGUUUGCUAGUAUUGAAGUCACUUUUACAAACAGAAUGUUGAAUGUGCGAUGAGUCCUGAAGUUGCGUACACAUGCUUUUUCUUCAACAUUUCGAAGACAAACUUGUCCCCAAUUUUAACCUGUGCAAAUGUUGGGAAACUCCCUUCUUCUGUGGGUAAUACCGAAAGGGGUUAGUCUCAGUCUUAGACGAAUUUGUCCAUGAAAUCCGUACGUGAUGGUUCAUUUAUUGAAUCAGCGCUAAUCAAGGACUUUUCAUCAAGCAGCAUCAAUUUUAAUCUACUUUGCCAUUUUUCGUUUAAAAUGCAACUUAUUUCUGGUUGUUCAGGUAUUAAGUUUACCUCUCAUUGAUUUCUUAACGAUCGCUAAGAUACCACCUGUAGACAACUUUAUACUCUAUAGAGCCAGAUUAAAAUCGAUACUGCCGAAUCCAGAGACCUAUCUUAGGUCGGUUAUCACCUUCUGUUAAGCAAUGCUGGUCAUACAACUACUACCUGAGCGAACAUUAAUCGACAUUUCCUUCGAGAUCCUCUGGUUUUCACAAGACUCUUUAUGAGUCAUUAAAUAAGAUGAAGGAAUAUCAGUACAGUACAAGUAAGGCUUUAUUUUUUGUUCACCUGGAAGGACACGAUGUAAUCUGAAAAUACUAUCACUGCAGCUUUUAAAUCAUAAGUGUUAGGAAGCCGACUUCAACCUGGGUCAGACCAAGCAGCUACUUACUUAACUAGCUUCCUGUUUUUGAAAUUUCUAAGAAACAGAAAGUGUGCAGCCUUUUCAUCCUCAUUUCACUUUAGGACGACUGCUGUCUCAGCGUCCUGCCAGACAGAUGAUACGCUCGUUCGAGCCGAGAUGCCGAAACGCGAAACAAAGGAAAGUGCAAGCGAAGCGAACAUUGCACUAGCGCCUAAGCAGGUUCUUCAUAGGGCAAUCAACACCGAGUUCUCGGCAAAGAAGGACCAGGAAACCAAUACCAGGCCUCGGGGUAUUCACAUUUCGAUCACAUUCGGUGGCGACGAACAAUUCGAUGUCGUUAAAAGCUAUCUGAAUGCAAUUAAAAACAUGGAGGAAUCCGGACAAGACUCGGCUUUUGCAGCAAUGGACAACUUAACGAGAGCCCGGCUUCGUAGAAAACUUAAAGAACGUUGGAGCACCGUGGAUGCGCCAGAUACUUCCGUGUUCCAUACGCCCUCCCCGUCAUCAUCAAGCUCCUCCCUUGGUUUUCGUCACUUCAGCGACCACCAUCCUGACUAA